UACGGUGGCGGCCUUCAUCUGCCCAGCAGGGGGUCCUCCUCCAAAGACUGCUCCAGGACAUGGUCUCCCUCAGAACAAAUGGAUUGGAAAAUGUGGGAAACAUUUAAUAGAACAGAGGGUGUGGUGGUGGCCUUGGCCUUCAUCUGCACAGCAGGGGGUCUGCCUACAAAGAAGCUCCAGGACGGGGUCUCCCUCAGACAAAUGCAUUGGAAAACCUGGGAAUCAUUCAAUGGACCAGAGGGUGCGGUGGCAGCCUUCACCUGCACAGUAGGGGGUCCUCCUCCAAAGCCAGCUCUAGGAAAUGGUCUCCUACAGACACAUGGAUGUGAAAACCUGGGAAAUAUUCAAUGGAACAGAGGGUGCAUUGGGGGCCUUCAUCUGCACAGCAGGGGGUCCUCCUCCAAAGACAGCUCCAGGACAUGGUCUCCCUCAGACACAUGGAUUGGAAAACCUGGCAAACAAUCAAUAGAACAGAGGGGGCAGUGGUGGCCUUCAUCUGCCCAGCAGUGGGUCCUCCUCCAAAGAGCUCCAGGACAUGGUCUCCCUCAGACAAAUGCAUUGGAAAACCUGGGAAUCAUUCAAUGGACCAGAGGGUGCGGUGGUGGCCUUGGCCUUCAUCUGCACAGCAGGGGUCUGCCUACAAAGAAGCCCCAGGACAGGGUCUCUGUCAGACAAAUGAAAUGGAAAACCUGGGAAAUAUUCAAUGGAACAGGUCUUGUUCCCAGAGUUCCUGGCCAGGCCCCUCAACUGCACAGAAUGGCAUCCUCCUUAUGUAGGAGUUCUAGAACAUUGGCAGUGAUUCCUGUGCAGCAAGAAGGGAAGUCCUCCCUAAAGAACAACACUCAUCCCUGGCGGGAGGAGACAUUUAGGAAAAUAGCCGGGGUCAAAUGCAUUUGGAGGUGACUGCUUGAGGGAGGAAUGAAGAAGGGACCUGAAACUCUCAAACUCCUUGAAGGAGAAAAUUUCCUUCAGCUCUGCCUCAGUGAGGGACCCCACUGGAGGGAAAGAAGAUAAACAGCUUCAUUCCGUUAUCUAGGUGCCAUUGGUUCCGUCCUGAGCUAAAAGAAUUUCAACCCUCAAUUAAAGAUCUUCUAUUCAAUUCAACUCCACCCACCAGCUUCAUUGGGAGGGAGAGCAGGCCUCCCUUGCAGCGAAAGAAAAUGGCAAUUAAAAACUCAAUGCUUUGCAGAGGUUCUAGCAUGCCAUCUAUGCCAUGCUCACUAUGCCAAGGAGGCCUCUGCCCACUGCAUAAUAUUCUUUUCCAAUGCUACCUCUCUUUAUCCUCACCUAUUUCCCUAACCUAUGCCUCUCUGUGAGGAUUUCUAACCUUACUUCCCAAUCCCUAUAAUAAAUGUC